AUGGAGCCUACGAAAACUUAUAAGUUGGUGAAAAGAGACUACACUACUUGUAUUGGUGGAAAGAAUAUUUAUGGAUCGCUCGAUACUGUUUGUGCAACUUUUACACCUAGCACGGUUACAGUUCCGGGCAGUACAAUUACCAGUACGGUUGCCGUUGCUGCUAGUGUUAAUAAUUCUAGCCUUGCUUUAGCAGUUGGUCUUCCGCUCGCAGCACUUUCGAUGAUUGUGGGAGUGGCUAUUGUUUAUCUUAUUCGUAAAAGAUCUAGAAAACUUUCAACACCAGUGACAACAACCAGUGUAGCAAAUAAUAAUACUACUAACACGGUUGCUGAACAAACUCAGAUUCCUACUCAAUCAACUGAAAUAACAAAAACAUCAUUAGACUUAGGAAUGCCUGCUUCCUAUGAAAUUGCUCCUAUCCCCGAAGCCCGAGUUCGUGAAAGUUUGAAUCAGAAUGAAGCGGAGGCAAACUUAGAAAGAGAAAUUGCUCUUUUAGAAAAACGUAAAAAAUUAGUUGAAUUGCGGAAGCAAGUAAAGGAAUUGGAAGAAAGAAGUCUGAUUGGUACUUUCACUACUUUUUUCUUGCUUUUGGCUUUGGUUGGAAAAUCUUCAGAAAAAUUCUUAGAAGCACAAGAAAAAAACUUACUUUCCAACUUUGAUGGUGGAAAGUUUGAGUACCCGACUGAGUCUGAAAAAAAUAAUGAGUGA